UGCAGAAACUUUGAAAAAAUAUAAGCCACAAGUCAUAGUGACGUCUCCCCCAUGGGGCGGCCCAUCGUAUAAGAAACACGAAGUUUACAGUCUCGAGAAGCAUAUGUGUAAAGACUACGAAGGAGGCGGUAGAAAACUCUUCGACCUGCUGAGAAGUAUUGCACCCAACGUAGCACUGCACAUACCUAAAACUACAGGUCGUAACGAGUUAAUACAAUUUGGAAAAUUAUUCGAUCUCAACAUGAAAAUUCAACACAAUUAUAUCGACGAAAGACAUGAUUCGAUAACUGCGUUUUUCGGUCGAUUUUUCAAUAUGAACACGAAAUUCUUAUCUAACGACAACAAACUUUAUUCAGCUCAAGACCGACUUAACCAGUACAAGAACACCGUUACUCCGAAAGAAACGCAGCCUAAACAGUAUGGCACAGAGAACACAGAUAUGAACCCAUAUGAAGUUAAAGUAAAAUACUGCAAAGAACGAAAUCUCAGCACUGAGACCUAUACAACAAAAGACCUAUGUACUAAGAAAUCAACAUUAAAACUAGGCGAGACGCAAAAAAUAAUGAUAGUUCAAAAACGUACGAAGACGUGUUAUCUUGUACACUCUAUGGAGAGUAGAAAGUCUGUUAUCACCUUGUGCGAUAAACUACGCGAAAUGGAAAAUAACUUGAGACGCAUCCAGAAAGUUGAAAAGUACGACAUGUGCUUGAUAUUUUUUGGCGCUGAAUGGUACCGUGGGAAAAUUAUGGACGAGACGAAAGAUGGUAUGUUAAAAAUUUACUUGAUUGACAUAGCACAAAUGAUGUUGUUUAACCAAAGAGAAGUCUAUGAGAUGCCAAAGCACUUUGAAGGAGAGUCUUUAUUAAUUGAAAUUGUUGUAACACCUCCGCCAAAAGAAAUGCUAACUACUGUUUAUGCUAACGUAGAAGCAAUAAAAACUAUUGGACUGAGUACGGUGGUGAAACUGAUUUGAUUAUAAAUUACUAUACUACCUUAUAACUCCUAUUAAUUUGCAUUCGACAUUCAAUGUAUAUAUUCCUUAACUUUGUUAACAGAAGAUUACGGGCUGUAAUGAUGUCUUUUUAUAUUAUAUAUAUUUUUUUCAUUACGUUUAUUAUGAACUAUUUGUAUUUUCAUAACUAAUCAUCUUAUUGCUUUGUUUAUUAUUUAUAUAUUUGCUUGUUGUUACAUUUUCAUUUUUUUUUUUUUGCUUUAGUGUUAAAUUUUUUUGUUCACUUAUCUGUUUAAAUCAAAUAAAUUUAUUUGACACUUAUAAAACAUUGUUAUCAUCUAAUUUUAUUUUACUUAUUUUGUACGUCAAUUAGUUUCAAUUGUAAAUCGGUUAAAA